AAGUCUCCCCCACUCAGGGUGUGUCACUUCCUCCUCUGCAGCCUCUCAGAUCAGUACACAAAGCCUGCCACUGCCGCCAGAGGAAGGGCUGCUCUGCACGCACCUAUGUGGAAACUGAGGCCUAGAGAGAAAGUCUGACUUGCCACGCAGCCAGGGAGUGACUGCAGCAGGACCUGGAUCCAGCCCUUUUCCUGUGUGGUUCUCCAACCUCUGCGGCUUGGAAUCUUGGCCAUGGUGGCUUUGUCAAGGGUCCUUGUUUUCCUGCUGGCCUUGAGCAGAGGUGAAAGUGAGUUGGAUGCCAAGAUCCCAUCUCCAGGAGAGGCUACAGAAAGGGGGGAUCCUGAUCUGUCCCUUCCAGGGUCCUGCCAGCCAGCCCCUUCCUGCCAGGAGUGCAUCCUCUCACACCCCAGCUGCGCAUGGUGCAAGCAACUGAACUUCACGGCGUCGGGGGAGGCGGAGGCACGGCGCUGCGCCCGGCGGGAGGAGUUGCUGGCUCGCGGCUGCCAGCGCGAGGAGGUGGAGGAGCCCCGCGGCCAGCAGGAGGUGCUGCAGGACGCGCCGCUCCGCGAGGGCGCCCGCGGCGAGGGGGCCACCCAGCUGGCUCCGCAGCGGGUCCGGGUCACGCUGCGGCCGGGAGAGCCUCAGCGGCUUCGGGUUCGCUUUCUCCGUGCCGAGGGAUAUCCGGUGGACCUGUACUACCUCAUGGACCUGAGCUACUCCAUGAAGGAUGACCUGGAGCGCGUGCGCCAGCUCGGGCACGCCCUGCUGGUCCGGCUGCAGGAGGUCACCCAUUCUGUGCGCAUUGGUUUUGGUUCUUUCGUGGACAAAACUGUGCUGCCCUUUGUGAGUACAGUGCCUUCCAAGCUGCGCCACCCCUGCCCCACCCGGGUAGAGCGCUGCCAGUCGCCCUUCAGCUUUCACCACGUACUGUCCCUGACAGGAGAUGCUCAGGCCUUUGAGCGGGAGGUGGGGCGUCAGAGUGUGUCUGGCAACUUAGACUCACCUGAAGGUGGCUUCGAUGCCAUUCUACAGGCUGCACUCUGCCAGGAGCAGAUUGGCUGGAGAAAUGUGUCCCGGCUGCUGGUGUUCACUUCAGAUGACACAUUCCACACAGCUGGUGAUGGGAAGCUAGGUGGUAUUUUCAUGCCCAGUGAUGGACAUUGCCACUUGGACAGCAAUGGCCUCUACAGUCGCAGCCCAGAGUUUGAUUACCCUUCUGUGGGUCAGGUAGCCCAGGCCCUCUCUGCAGCAAACAUCCAACCCAUCUUUGCUGUCACCAGUGCCACCCUGCCUGUCUACCAGGAGCUGAGUAAGCUGAUUCCUAAGUCUGCAGUGGGGGUGCUAAGUGAGGACUCCAGCAAUGUGGUCCAGCUCAUCAUGGAUGCUUAUAAUAGCCUGUCAUCCACUGUGACCCUCGAACACUCUUCACUCCCUCCUGGGGUCCACAUCUCUUACGAAUCCCAGUGUGGGGGUCCUGAGAAGAGGGGGCAUGAGGCUGAGGAUCGGGGACAAUGCAGCCAAGUCCAAGUCAACCAGACGGUGAAUUUCUGGGUUACUCUCCGAGCUACCCACUGCCUCCCAGAGCCCCAUUUCCUAAGGCUUCGGGCCCUUGGCUUCUCGGAGGAGCUGACUGUGGAGUUGCACACGCUGUGUGGUUGCAACUGCAGUGACACUCAGCUCCAGGCUCCCCACUGCAGUGACGGCCAGGGAAACCUACAGUGCGGGGUGUGCAGCUGUGCCCCUGGCCGCCUGGGUCGGCUCUGUGAGUGCUCCGAGGCUGAGCUGUCCUCUCCAGAUCUGGAAUCUGGGUGCCGGGGCCCCAAUGGAACAGGGCCCCUCUGCAGCGGGAAGGGACAGUGCCAGUGUGGACGCUGCAGCUGCAGUGGACAAAGCUCUGGGCGUCUGUGCGAGUGUGAUGAUGCCAGCUGUGAACGACACGAGGGCAUCCUCUGUGGAGGCUUUGGCCGCUGCCAAUGUGGAAUAUGUUACUGUCACGCCAACCAUACGGGCAGAGCUUGCGAGUGCAGCGUCGACACUGACAGCUGUGUCAGUCCCGAGGGUGAGCUUUGCAGUGGGCGUGGACAAUGCAAAUGCAACCGCUGCCAGUGCUUCGAGGGCUACUAUGGUGCGCUAUGUGACCAGUGCCCAGGCUGCAAGACACCAUGCGAGAAACACAGGGACUGUGCAGAGUGUGGGGCCUUUGGGACUGGCCCCCUGGCUACCAAUUGCAGCACAGCUUGUGCCCAGGCCAAUGUGACCCUGGUUUUGGCCCCUAUCUUGGAUGAUGGCUGGUGUAAAGAGAGGACUCUGGACAACCAGCUGUUCUUCUUCUUGGUGGAGGAGGCUGGAGACAGGGUCAUGCUGAGAGUGAGACCCCAAGAGAAGGGAGCAGACCACACCCAAAACAUUAUGUGGGGCUGUGUAGGGGGCAUCGUGGUAGUGGGAUUGGGGCUGGUCCUGGCUUACCGGCUCUCAGUGGAAAUCUAUGACCGCCGGGAAUACCGUCGCUUUGAGAAGGAGCAGCAGCAACUCAAUUGGAAGCAGGACAGCAAUCCUCUCUACAAAAGUGCCAUCACAACCACCAUCAAUCCUUGCUUUCAAGAGGCCAAUGGUCCUGCUUUCUGAAUGAGGGAUACUCACCCAUGACUCUUUAGGCCAGGGCUGUACAGGAGGACAGUGGGAGCUGAGGGGUGAGUCUAGCAGGCAGGAGCCUGGUAGGUUACUAAACCACUGUAGGAGUAGUCACUAUCAUACUUCAUUUUAGAGUGACACCCAAAGACUGCUUCCUAUUGCUGUGACCUUGCCUCCCUGCCUCACAAGGAAGGUUACACCACCCAAGCAUACAAUAAAGUCUUACCUGAGACCACAGGUGUCACUUGGCUUUACUUCGCCAGGGCAAUGCAGACUGUUUAGUCUGUGCCUUAGGACAUUUCAUGUCCAUUCUCCUCCUCCUGCCAUUCGAGGCUGGGGAGUUCCCUGGUGCUAAUGCAGAGCCGCAGGCCACAGAUGGCACGUCUGCUGGGGUCUACCCUCGUCCAGGCCUGCUGUCCACAGACUGAUGCCCUGUUCUUGUACUUGCUGCUCCUCUGUAGAGAAGGGGAGCUUUGAAACGGUGUUUGUAGGGUGCUAGAGGUUGUGGGGUAGUUAUGUUAGGGGAAAAAAGGAAAACCAUUACAGCUGCUCUGGCUCCCAGUGAAAAAGCUUCCCCAAAAGACAUUCUUCCCAAAGAGAUAAGUAGAAAAGCCCCAUUUUCUUUUUAUUUAAAUAUCCUAAAUAUAUCACGAAGGAACAUACACUGCACUUUAAUGGUAAAAAGAUACAAGUUUAUAACAUCUUAUAAAAACUACCAUUUAAAAGUGAUCUUGUCCAUUUGAUAUUCCCCUCCCCCAUAGCAAAAUAAGUAUAUUAAAAAAAGAAAAAGAGAGUGAAGACAAAGGGUAGGAAUGGGAUAGUUGAAGAUGAAAGCCCCAGGGCUGCAGCGGAGGCAGAGAGCAUCUGGGGAGAGGGUUAAAGCUGCGGUGGGCCUUCGCUCACAAACCCUCCAAUUUCAAGCCAUGGGACACAAUCAGUAGCUAAGUGAUGAUGAGGCUGUUGGGAAGGCUCGAAAAGACUUGGGGUCCUGGGAAGGGUGGGGCUGGCAAGGCCCGGGACAGCAGCCCACCUAGGAAUAGGCACUCUACUUUCCCAGGUACCCCAGUUCCACACCUUGCCCUGUCUCCACCUCCCCUCACACACCCGAGGCAUCUUUCCAGUGCAAGGCCCCAUCCCAGCAAGAGAAGGGUGGGGUGCUGGGCCCUCUAAGCACUACAUCACUUCUUCCACCCCUUUGUUCCUUUCCUCACAUAUCCACUGCCCCAGAGCAUCGGCACCUCAACUAAACUCCCUACCUGGCUCCUGAGUUUUCUCUGCACCCAAUUCCUCAGCAGGGUGGUUCUGGUACAGCUGUUUGUACAUACACUCAGAAGUUCCCUCCUUCCCCCAGGCAGGAAGUCAAGGUCUGUGGGGAGUCAGAGCACCCUGACCCAGUACACAUAGAGGCAUAGGUCACUCAUGAUUCUCUCCACCUCACCCCCACCCAAUCUCAAACAGAUUAGCUGUAAAUGGCAAGGAGAAAGACCCACCCCUACCUUUUUCAAAAGCAGUUUGGGGGGACAGUUUUCUAAGUCUUUUAAAGUGGUAUUUUAGGAUGCUGGAAGUCUUGGAGGGGGUGAAUCAUCCCAGAGGUGAAUGACAGAAAAAUCCCAGCCCCAGCAGAACCCUCUAACAGGAGAGGACUGGCUCACUUGCAGAAAGAUAUCCCUGCUUGCAGAGGCCACAGGGCAGACAGAUCCGAGGACUGAGAUCUAAGUUCCGGACCACAUUAAAUGGGAGUGUCAGCAUAAAGCCAGAAGAGUACAUGGCAGCAAGCAUUCCUCAGUGUCUCCCCCACUGGACCUCAGAUGCUGCCGGGGAAAAUCUGAAGAGUUCCACAUCUCCUUUCCUUCCCCCUGAAAUAUACCAGUGGUAUCGAUGACCCUCCUGCACCCCUUAUCCCUUCCAGAAUAGGUAAUAGCCAGGAAUUGCUGCUGCUAUUCCCUACAUUCUCUAGGAAAUGAAAUCCCAAUUCCUGCAGGUCGUCAUCUCAGAUUCCCACUGAGAGCUUGGAACUCAAGUUCACCCAGGCUCCAUGAUUACUCCUAAGAUAGUUACCCUGAUCUGCCAGCUAGGGUAGGCUAUGGUGGGAGCCAACCAAACCCCAGAACCUCCUAUAGGAUCUUUUCCUUAGGAGGAAGGGUUUAUUUCACCUUAGAAAAUUCAUGUUCAUAAGCCUUGGCUUGGCUUAGAAACACCCUAACCAUUACCCUAACCUCUAGAAUCAAUCUAAAAAAAUUUCUCCAGGACAAAGCUUUUCUGUUCCCUAAAUUGUGUUCCUCAGCUCCUGCUGAAACCUCAGGCACCCUUCAGGUUUUGGUGGGAGAAGGCUGUUUUCUACUCACCUUCUAAGGCAGCAGUUCUCAACCUGUGGGUUGCAACCCCUUUGGACUGUAUUAAAGGUUCACGGCAUUAGGAAGGUUGAGAACCACUGCUCUAAGGUGAGGAUCAGAGAAGGGUUUGGCUCAAUAACAUGUCGUUUCUGGCUCGGCACCUGUAGCUCAGUGGCUAGGGUGCCAGCCACAUACACCAGAGCUAGUGGGUUCAAACCCAGCCAGGGCCUGCCAAACAACAAUGACAACUACAACCAAAAAUAGUCCCAGCUACUUGAGAGGCUUGAGGCAAGAGAAUCGCUUAAGCCCAAGAGUUUGAGGUUGCUGUGAGCUGUGACACCACAGCACCCUACUGAGGGCAACAUAAUGAGACUCUGUCUCAAAAAAGAAAAAAAAAAAGUCAUUUCCUCCAAGCAUACAAACAUGAACACUCACAUAACACACACACACACACCCCUGAUUACUUCUGGGGGCAGACAGGGUGGUGGUGUCAGAGCAGAGAGGAGCAAAGAACAUGGUUAACAAUAAAACCUACAUUCAUGUUUUCCCCCAAUCUUUCCUCUGCAGCACCCUCCCCAUCACCACCGAAUUCUCUGUUGGGUAGGGGUGGCCACCAAGCAGGAAGCUAAGGGUGGCACUUGUAGCUCAAUCGAUAAGCAUGCUGGCCACAUACACCUAGGGUGGUUGGGUUUGAACCUGGCUUGAGCCUGCCAAGCAACAAUGACAACUGCAAACAAACAAACAAAAAAGCCGGGUGUUGUGAGGCGCCUGUAGUCCUAGCUACUUGGGAGGCUGAGGCAAGAGAAUCGCUUAAGCCCAAGAGUUUGAGGUUGCUGUGAGCUGUGACGCCACGCACUCUACCGAGGGCGACAAAGUGAGACUCUGUCUCAAAAAAAAAAAAAAAAGAA